AUGCCAACAAAUUCAGGCUCUCCCUCACACUUAUACAAUUCUCCUGAAGCUCCACAGCUGCAACAGCGUCAAGUUAAAAGUUCAUCAAGUUCAUCAAUUUUCGUUAACACCAAGUAUACGGACAACAGUUAUCAUCAUGUUCAUCAUCAUCAACAAAUAAGAAAUUGUGAUCGAAAUCCACCAACUCCUCAUUAUAUCAAACAAAAACAAACUAGUUCACCUCGAUUAACACAUAGUAGAAUCGGAAAAGUUGAUACGUAUGAUUCACCUGAUUCACAAGGACAUUCUUAUGCAAUACAUACUGAUACAACAGAACGAUCAAAUAAGAAAAGAAAACAAAGUGGUAAUGAUGCACCAAUGGAAAUUUAUGAUGAUUCACCAGCUUGUUAUCAAUCACGUUCACAUGAUUAUUAUAUUCAAUCAAAUACAAAUACAAAUACAAAUAAAAAUACAAAUUCAAAUUCAAAUACAAAUUCAAAUACACAUUCUAGUACAUCUGCAAUUACAAAUGAAGCACAACGUUUUGCAACAUCUCGUUAUCCAUUUCCUCCUUUUAUUCUUAAAUUCAAUGCUGGAAAAAUUAAUGAUAAAGCAGCUAUUGAAGAAUUAUUAAAUUACAGUAAAAUAAAUUUUUCUUUCGAUCUCGAUUUAGUUGGAUUUAGAACGUCGUCAAUUAGAUGUAAUUCUAAUGAAUGUAAUCUCUUGAUUUUUGUUAAAAAUAGUUCAUCUUUUUCUUUUCUUUAUUCGGACAUCAAAUGGCCUGAUCGAUUAUUUAAUGAAACAUUUACCAUUGAUAAACAACCAUCAAUUCCACCACAACUGGCGGUAAUUAUUACAAAUGUUAGUUAUAAAAUUGAUUUUACUGAUUUUGAAAAUGAAUUAAGAAACAAUUAUGCUAAUGUGCUUAAAGUUAUUCGAUUAAAAAAUAAAGAUCAAU